AUGAGCGACACUAGUACCCCCGAUCGAUAUCAGGACGAUAGGAAUGGAUACGGGCAGAACGAAGAAGGCGCUCCCAGCGGCGGCCACAAUGGCGAUGGCGCGACCGGUACCGCUCAACAAGGGGAGAAUGACUCGGACAAGCCAGCAUGGACAGAAUUGAAGACGAAAGCCGGGAAGGAAAGAAAACGACUACCCCUCGCAUGUAUCGCUUGUCGUAGGAAGAAGAUUCGAUGUUCCGGUGAAAAACCAGCUUGCAAGCAUUGCCAAAAGUCGCGCAUUCCUUGCGUGUACAAGGUUACGACGCGCAAAGCGCAACCCCGGACAGAUUACAUGGCAAUGCUGGACAAACGACUCAAGCGCAUGGAGGAACGAGUAAUCAAGAUCAUCCCAGCUAGCGAAACGAGAGAUAUGCCUACAAUAGGACGGAGUCAGGUUAAACCCACGCCCCCGAGGCAGGGCUCAAAGCAGCCAAAAGCAGCUCAGCAGAAGAAGCGCACGGCGGAUGAAGCUUUUGCAUCGAAGAUCGAUACCUGGGUAAAUUCUAAGCAACCUUCUGGUGGCGAAGACGUCUUUCCCAUGACUCGAGAGCCGAAAUCUCACGAAGGCACCGAAUUGUUGACUGAAGGCGCUGAAUUCCUUCCUCCAAUGGAAAUACAAGAGCAUCUAUCGGAAGUCUUCUUUGACUGUGUUUAUGGUCAAUCGUACCUCCUGCUGCACCGGCCAAGUUUUAUGCGACGAUUGCGAGCGGGCACUCUUCCUCCGGUUCUAAUUUUGGCCGUCUGUGCUGUGUCUGCUCGAUUCUCAACCCACCCGCAAAUCAACACAGAGCCGGCCUUUCUUAGAGGCGAGAACUGGGCUAGGCCGGCAGCUAGAAUAGCUCUAAGUCGCCAUGAUGAGCCCAAUAUUACCAUUCUGACCGUCUUUCUUCUUCUGGGACUUCACGAAUUUGGCACGUGCCAUGGCGGACGGAGUUGGUCUUUCGGCGGACAAGCAUUGAGGAUGGCAUACGCUUUGCAAUUGCAUCAAGAAGUCGACCAUGAUCCUCUUGGCAAAAAGGGCAAACUGUCGGAUCUAAGUUUCACAGACAGAGAAAUCCGGAGACGCACGAUGUGGGCGUCUUUCCUUAUGGACAGGUAUAAUUCUUCCGGGAGUCAGCGCCCGCCUAUUGGAAACGAAAAAUUCAUUCAAAUCCAGCUUCCAGUGAAGGAGUCACACUUUUUAAUGGAGAUUCCUGGACCGACUGAGGAUUUGUACGGGGAUGUACCCAAUCCAGUCCCAAGGGGCCAAGGCCAGGUCUCUGAUCCAAAAGCAAAUAUGGGUGUUUCUGCAUAUAUAAUUCGUGCGAUCGUUGUAUGGGGCCAUAUCGUCGAUUACUUGAAUCUUGGAGGAAAGAAGAAGGAGCCCGUUCCCUUAUGGGAUCCAAGUUCGGGGUAUACGAGGCUUAGACAAGAGAUAGACAAUUUUGCCUCUUCUCUACCGAGCUCACUUAUUUUCAACCCAGAGAACCUGCAGAUCCAUGCUGCAGAGAAAAUCGCUAAUCAGUUCAUCUUCCUACACAUCAUCAUCCAUCAAAAUAUGCUCUUUCUCAACCAGUUCGCUAUUCCCUUGACACCGGGAGGACGCCCACCGAAGGGUAUGCCAAAAUCGUUUUUGAGUGAUGCAGGCCGAGCCGCUGUGGAGGCAGCCCAUCAUAUCUCGAUGCUGAUCGAUCAGGCAAGUGGUUACUCUUUGACAGUGCCAUUUGCAGGUUAUUGUGCCUACUCAGCUAGCACGGUGCACAUAUGGGGGAUAUUUUCCAAGAAUGCCCAGCUAGAGGCACGAUCAAAAGAGAACCUGAGACACACAUAUCGGUAUCUCAAUAAAAUGAAACGAUAUUGGGGCAUGUUCCACUACAUGGUAGAAAGCGCCAAGGAUCGGUAUCGCCAAUUCGCGGACGCGGCCAUUCGGGGAUUGCCUGCACAGCAGAAUGCGACGGAUGAAGCACCUUCGAUGUUUCAAUAUGGCGACUGGUUUGAUAAAUAUCCGCAUGGAGUGUCUAGUAUGCACUGGGAAGGUCCGGAAACCAAUGAAAGGAGAGAAAUCGGGGGCGACGCUGUGAUGGGACAGCGGCCUGAUCUGCAAAGUGUGGAGGAUUUCUUUGCCAGCUUGUCUCCCAGCCAAUCGACUACUGAGCCGCGAAAACACCAGAGACCGGCUAGGAGGAGCUCGAAGCAGGUUUUAGCUCAUGCACAAUCGCAGACACCUGCGGACAUGAAUCAGCAUACCACGAUCUCGCGGCAUCAACAGCAGCAGCAGGUAUCACCACUUGGUAAUGCGCCUAUGGCAGGCACACCAACGACGGUCAUGGAUACUGAAACCCCGUAUCCCGACUUCAACGCCCAGAACUUGUUUGCAGCUCCACCUCAAAAUUUCGGUCUGCCAACCUUUGACUAUGGCAUGAUGCCAGACUUUCUCCCACAACUGGACAGACAUUUCGUCCACGGUGCCUAUACAGGCACGGACCUAUCCAGUCUCGCCUCGGGCGAACUCAACUUCUUAGGCGCCCAAAACGACACCAACCAACUCGGCAACGACAUGACCGAUAACAAUAAUAACAAUGCGAAUAAUAAUAGUGUAUCAACAGCAAUGUGGACGGAUCCCUUUACACCGUCGGGGACCGGCGAGUUUCAUCAACCGAGUGCAUGGUUUCUGCCUUUUAAUCUUGAUCCUUUUUCGACGGGUAUGCUUAGUGAUGGUGCUGCCAAUGCAGCGGAUGUGGGACAGGCGGAUGUUUCUGGUGGUGGUAAUGGUGCUGGGAAUUUGAAUGGUGCCAAUGAUAUGUCAUUUGGUCUGCUAUGA